GCAGUGAAACUUCCAACAUGGCGGCCAGCCGUCAGGUGCGCCUGUAAGUCACGCCCUCGGGCACGCGGAGAUGGAUGGUUGCCAACUAUAGCCUCGUUGGUGGAGCUCGCUAGCACCUGAGGUUGUAUAAAACCAACAUGAGGGCGACCCGCGCCAAGCAGGGCCUACUGCGUGUCAGCGUCCUCACCUGUUUCAUCUACCUGUUGUGUUGCACGUGCACCGGAGCGUCGGCAGGGCGGGAAACGUCCUCCCACCAUCAGCCCGCGCUGAGGCGCAGCCGGCGGAGCCAGCACCAGCAGGGCGCCAGGUACCGAGGAGGAGCGCACCACCGGCCGCUCACCGACGAGCAGAAAGCCGACCAGAACCUGCAGUUCAUGCUCACUUUGUACAAGAGCGCGGCCGGGCCGGACGGCAGACCCAAACAGCACCGGAAGUUCGGGUCCAACACGGUGCGCCUGCUGAGACCUGUGGCGUCUUCGGUGCACUACCUGCCCGCUUCUGGAGACCUCAUCUACACCUUCACAGUUCAGUACAAGCUCGACACUCUUCCAUCAGAGCAACUUGUCAGAGCUUCUUUCAUCCACCUGCACUCCUCUGCCAUGGCGAGCACCGCUCAGACCGUGGAGCUGCCCCGCUGCCGGGCUCAGAUCACCUCGCUGGGCACAAAGAGCCUGGUCACCAUGGAGCCCCACAAGCAGUGGAUGGAGACGGACAUCACGGCGCACGUCAGCGCUCACAUCAUGCAGGGGAGGGAUCAGGAGGAUGAGGGGCACCUGACCCUCACAGCCCAGUAUUGGUGCACGAAACCUGGGCUUGCAGAUGAGGACAGCGGUCCCUCGUGGUGGGGGAGAAGACAGUGGAGUAGUGAGUCUCACUUCGCUGCUCCCUCUCUCCUUCUGUAUUUGGAGGAGGAGAGGGAGGUGAAGGAGUGGAUGGGGGACUUGCUUGGGGCUGAAGGGGGAAACGUCAUGAAGCUGGUUGGCUGGUGGCACCCUUCGAACCAUCGCCUCCGCCGUAGUUCCAACGAGGACUCGUCGUCCGAGUCUAAAGAUCCAUCACUGGACGCUCUGAAAAACGCCCUUACCUCCUCUUCGUCUUUCUCCACCUCCCCCUCGUCCUCCAUCAUCUCCGAUAUCCCCAACUACAAGCGCAAGACCAGCAUGCCCAAGAACCGCUGCAAGCUCCACUCCUUCCGCCUGUCGUUCGAUGAGCUCGGCUGGGGCCAUUACUUCAUCGCCCCUCCAGUCUAUAACCCUCGAUACUGCCAGGGCGACUGCCCGAGGGUGCUCCACUAUGGUUACCACUCCCCCAACCACGCCAUCAUCCAGACGGUCCUCAACGAGCUGGGCGUUGGCGACGUCCCCCCUCCGUCGUGCGUGCCGUACAAGUACAUGCCCAUGAGCGUGUUGGUCGUGCACAAGAAGAAGGUGGAGUACAGGGAGCUAGAGGACAUGGUGGCUGAGUCCUGCACGUGUCGUUAAGGACUUGACGGGGGGGCUUGAAUGACUCGAACAUGCUUAGCACUGAGAAGACGCUGAUCCAUGCAGAUUUGUCAGGUCACAUGUUUGACUUGCAGCUAAGCAUGAUGGGGUUCAGGCUGGAAGGUGGAAUUUGUAGUGGUUUCAGAUCUGUUUGCACUUUAAAUCCAGUUUCUGUGUAUUUACUCUUUUGCAUGUUUUAAAUCUGAUCUGUUCACGUCAGGGCUGCAGUUGAACCAAAAAGGCCUUGAUUUGUGUACUUAAGGAUCACUGGAUAAUGUAUUGCCACUGUCUGAGGCCAUUUACCUCUAACACAAAGGGAAGCUUUUUAAUGAACAAUGGAUGAAGAGAAAUGAGCCUACUUUGGAUGUGCAAUGUUCCAUUUUUGCCGUUUACAGACUGAACUUUUGCUGUUUGUAUUUAUCUGGGAGGUCUCCUGAAGCCAACUUGGGCCGUGUCUGAGAAAAUGAUCACUACGUUGGAUGUGACGGUGUUUAUAUGCUAA